AUGCCAUUUGCUCCCUUUAAUGGGGUGAAUCAUCAUGGGCAAUCAAUACUUUUUAGUGGAGCAUUGCUUGAAAAUGAAAAGCAAGAGACAUUUGAAUGGUUAUUUGAACAUUUCCUCAAAUGUAUGUUUGGCAAGUAUCCGAACACGAUUAUUACCGAUCAAGACAAAGCUAUGGGCAAUGCCAUACAAAAAGUGUUUCCAAAGACUCGACAUCGCUUUUGUGCAUGGCAUAUCAGGAAGCAUGAAACUGAGCACCUUCGAUCGUAUGUUUCCCGUUACAGUGAUUUUCAAGAGACGCACAGAAAAUGGGUAAAUAGUGACACCAUUGAACAAUUUGAAGCAACAUGGGAAGAUAUGCGUAUUAAGUAUGAACUGGAAAGCAAUUGUUGGCUUAGUGACAUGUAUAACCAACAUAUACAUUGGGCUAAACCUUUCUUGAAGGAUAUUUUCUUUGCUGGUAUGACCACAACCGGACGAAGUGAGAGUAUCAAUUCAUUUUUUGAUGGAUUUGUUAACUCGAGGACCAUGUUGAAUGAAUUCGUUGUACAAUAUGACAAAGCAGUUGAGUCACGAAGGGCUGCUGAAGAAGAUGAAGACUUCAAGACAAUGAACUCAAGGCCGGUUCUUUCUUCAGUGCAUCCAAUCGAAGCAAAAGUAGGUCAACGUUAUACUAGAAAAAUGUUUGAUACUUUUAAAAAAGAAUGGACUGAAGCUAUUACCAAUUUGACUCACGAGACUCUAAUAAAAACUAUAGAAGAAAGUACAUAUAGAGUUGGGCAAUUGGACGUUGAUAAAAAAUAUUGGCGUAUUGUUACCUUUCGUUCUUUAAAUCAAGUCAACGUCACAUGUUCUUGUUCUAUGUAUGAGACAAAUGGGAUUUUAUGCAAGCAUAGCUUAUACGUGAUGAAGAAGAAGAAUGUUCAAGAACUGUCGAGUCACUAUAUUUUAUCGCAAUGGACCCUUGAUGCUAGGUACAAACUGGGUAGUGUUAGUAUCGGACUUAGAGAAAUAAAUAAUGAAAAUGGAGUUAGUGCCUACACAUUAUUUUGUGUCCGUUCAAAUUUUACUAAACUAAUUGAACAAUCAAGAGACUCUCCAUCGGAGAUACAAAAACUCAAUACGAUAUUGAUACGUCUUUUAGAUGAUCAAGCAAACCGAAAGACAUCUAUGUCUUUGGAGAAUGCAUCUCAAAGUUCUUGUAUGGAAGUUUCGCAAGUAGAUAUGAUGCCACAGUUAUCUGUCCAUGAUCCUCUUGGUCCAACUACUACAAAAGGGCGUCCUAAACUUGCAAGUAGAAUCAAGUCUUCUUUAGAAGCCCCCAAAAAACAAACAUGCUCUUACUGUUAA